AUGAUGGGAAGUUCGGCUCUUUUCUGAGAGCCGGCUCUUUUGACUCGGCUCCCAAAGAAGAGCCGGCUCUUUCGACUCCCGAACGGCUCUUUAUUUAGGAUCUUUUGUAGCCUAUAUUUUACCUUAACUUUGAAAAAAAAUCAUGGUUUAUGUGUUGAAAACCCUUUUGCUUUCAGUGUUUUUAUGAGAGACCUUAUAAUGCCUAAUUCUGUGCAUUUAUUCUGUGACAAAACCACUCUUACAUUUGUUUAUUUCAAUUAAACUUUUUUAUUGCACAAAUUAACAAUAAACUUCAAACAAAUCCACAGAACAGAAUCAAAACCAGAACCAAACUCCAGCAAACAGCAUUAGUCCUCAGGGCAGGUUGGCAUUCAGGAAGAUCAGAUGCCUCAGCUUGGAUGGGCUGAUAGGCCUGAUACGAUUUCGCCUCUCCGUGAGUAUCUGCCCUGUUUUGGAGAAGAUUCUCUCAGAAGGAACUGAUGUGGCAACAAUACAUAGUCUCCCCUCCAUCACAUCAGUUGCAGUAGGAGAGGUUAUACUUGCACGCAUGGGGAUGGCAGUAGACGUUACAGCAGCUGUUGUUCUGGUAUGAGACACACCAGGAUCAGUAGAUGGUGAGCUGGCUUGCCCUCUCUCCUCUAACUGCACUGUAGGAUGGACAGUUCUUGUAUGUCUAUGCAGGUUUGUGGUGGAACCUGCUCUUAUAGUGACCUUCGUUUUGCAGUGAAGGCACUCUGCUUUCUUGUUCCCAAUAUCUUUAAACUGCAGCCAGAUGCUGCUUCGCUUUCUAGUGUCACUCAUAGUUAAACGACACGACAAUGCAAGACGCACACACGCUCCUCAGUCCGCUCUGUCUCUCUCUUCACUUGCAGUGGAGUCAAGUGGUGUGUCUGCCCCGCCCCCUCUCUGUUUACACAUCCUUAAUUCUCACGUGAAUGCCGCAUGCUGGUCGCCAUGCUGGCCAAUCAUAACAGACCUCUGUGAAAGUGAAACCUAAGCAGCGAAUGGGCAAAAAACUGGGAGCCGGCUCUCACUCGAUGCGAGCCGGCUCUUCUGAUUCACUACAAAGAGCCGGCUCUCAGAGCCGAUGCUUGUGCGCAUGACCCAUCACUACCUCGUAGUGGUCGCGAAGGAAGGAGGACACGGGCAGUUCUCGUUCUAUUUCACCUCAUAAGCGCUUGCUCAGUCCGUGCAAAAUGAUUACCUCAGAAUCGCUCUCCAAGGACGUGUUUUUGAUGGACGAGACUGGUGAGGCCACCUCCAAGGCGAUAAUGGUUAUCUUCAACACCCACGGUUCUCUUGAGGUCAUCUUGAGUGACCGAGGUCAUGAACGCUGGAACAAGGAUUGGUGAAUGGACCAAUCAGACCCUCAAGACUGCCAUGGGCAAGUCCCUUGAUUGGUACCAGGAAGGGUGGGAGAACAACCUGAAGGUAAUUCUCUUUGCACACAACAGCAGCAUCCAGGCCUCAACCGAGUACAGACGGGAACCGCAGCUGUUGACUGAGAUCACUGAAACCCAACCUGAUGUGGUGGAAGUUGUCGAACCAGAUCAGAACGCCUUCAAGGACCAGCUUCAGGCACGGACUGAGAAGGAUGUGGAGGUUUUUGACCAGGUAAAAAUGUUAUCAAUCAAGGUGAGACUGAACAUCGACAAGGUGCAGGAGAAACAGAAGGAGAGCUACCGGAGCAGAAUCAAGAAGGGGACCAAGUGCUACGACAUCCGGGCGAAUUACUUGGUUUGGAAGAAGGACGAAAGGAAGGCGAGACCUGGGAAACCUCACUGCUCUUUCGCUCUUAGCUGGGGUCACCAUCUGUUAAGGGUUACCUCGGUGGAAGCCAACAAUCUUCUCCAGUUGAAGCAGAUGGACAGUCGACCACUGAAAGCACUGACGCCCUACACUUCGGACCAUCGACUGUCCGAGCCCCCCAGGAGGUAUCCCAUCCACCAGAACCAGUGAGUUCGGAUCAGUCUGAUUCUCUGUGCGCUGAGUCGGAGGGGGACCAGCUUGAGGAUCUAGGGGUUCUGCCCAACACCCAGACGUGGAUCCACCUGAUGUCCUCCAUUACCAACCAACCCUCCAACUUUUCAUUACAUAAUCUACGCUACUGUUGUUGUCAUUAUCUGAUAAGAAAGUUUUCUUGCUCUAUCAUACUGGGCACAUAAUAUGUGAGAUACACAGAUGAACUAAAAACACUAGCACUUUCAAACACUCAGAACAAAGAGAGCAGCAGUGCCUGGACUUUGCAGUCUCCCUCUUUGAGUCCCCUUUCUGAGACUGGCUGCCUGUUGAGAACAUGUGACAGGCAGAACCUCCCACCCACACAGCACCCACCUCCUCUCUAUUACACACACCAACAUUCUGUAUUUUAGUCUAUGUUUGCCAUGUGAGUAUACAAAAAAUGUGUGCAAAUAUAUUAAUGACACAACUGUCCCAAAAAAUAUAAAAGUUUAUGUAUUAAAAUCUUAAAUAUUGACAGGUUGAUUUUCA